AUCACAAUACCGUUUCAUAGAUACGUAUAACCCGACAAACGAAUCGGAUUAUACAUAUUGGAUUCAUAGAAAAGAGCAUGGCUUACAUUAAAGGAUGUAUGCAUGCUUUCCUUAUAUUGUACAUAUCGUUAGGAUAUUUAAACACUGCAUUUUCGUCUAACUCGACCGAUACAGAAUAUGUUCCUCUUCUAAACAAAGUGAAAACACCAGUGAUGGCGGAAAUUGACUUGUCAAAACUUGGAGAACAACUUAAAUCAUUUAUGCAAAUUGAAAUUAAAAAAGUGAUUACGGAAAAGAUUGUAAUAGAGUCUAAAAACAUUCACCAUAAGCUUGAAAACAGAUUUAAUGCAGCAAUUGAAAAUUUCAAAACAGCGAUGGAAGCUUACACUGAUGAUGUCCUUCAUAAUACAUCGAUAACAAUGCGAGUGAACAUUGAACGGAAUAUAAACAAAACUUUCGCGAGGCGAGUGCGUCGCUUUCGGACUAUUAUGCAUUCUGAAAUCAGAUCUAACUUACAAAAUGUAAAAAAAGAAAUAGAUUCGGUUCUAUCAGAAAGUUAUAACAAAAGUAAAGAGUAUAACCAGGAUAGGAGAAAAUUGACAAAACUGUCGGGGAAGCUACUAGGACUGUCAAAACAUCUGAAAGAUCCAUCAUAUAACAGACAUGGGGUUGACAAGAAAAUCAAGGGUGCUGGACUGUCAUCAUAUGUCAAAGAUCACAAAGGGAAACUGUUUUCUACAAUGUUUCCAAUACAAGACACCUCAUACAGUUUUAAAUUACAGUUAAUUAUCACAGCAGACACGCCCACUAAUGUUGAUAUAAUCUCAGAAUACGCAGAAAUUAAUAGAACGGUGACCAUUACAACGGGUGUUGAAUACAUAAAUAUUCCAAGCGAAGUUGUCACUUUGGAAACGGGUAGAACAUUUACCACCGUUCUGAUUUCGGCUGAUCAACUCAUUACUGUUGUUGGAUUCAUCAGUACAUAUAGUUGUGACAGUGAUUGUGAAUCGUCGAGUUUUGUUGUUUUACCUUUGACUACAAUAGGCACUGAGUACUCACUUAUUACACAACCAAACAACAAACAAAACUGCGGCAUAAUUGCCACAGCAACAAAUACUACAGUUGUUAUAGAGUCUUCAUCAACGAAAGGUACACCAGUAGGAAGUACAACUAUUCAACCUGGACAAAAAUUUAAUAUAGUUCUUGACUUUUUAGAAGGUUUUAACAUCCAGACUAAUAACAAUUUGACUGCAACGAAAAUCUAUGCAAAUAAACCGAUAGCUGUAAUAUCAGGGAACAGAUAUUCGUCUCUGAAAGAAGCAAAUAAACGUUAUCCUUACCGCAGUAACGAUUUUUCAGAUAUUUUGAUGGAAAGCUUGAUACCUGUUGAUAAGUGGGGUCGAGAUUUCAUAAUCCCCGCAGUUCAUAAGGCACUAAAUUUAAGAAUUAAAAUAAUAAGCCGAUAUAGAAAUACAACUAUAACUGUAAAGGAUAACUCUGGAUGGUUAGGUACUGAGUACGGAGAUCAGAUAGAGAUUAACUUAUCACCCACGUCGUAUUUUGUAUCUGCUUCCAAUCCAAUCCUAUUGUGUCUGUAUGCAUUAACUGAAAACAACGGAAUUAGCAUGAUGAUUAUUCCUGGAAUCAAACAGUUUUCGAAGGAGUAUGUUAUAGCACCACCCGAAGAUCCAAAUUAUACAAGUUACAUAACGAUAACUAUUAAAUCAUCGGACGUAGAUGGACUUCGAUUUGUUGGCAAUCUUUUAGCUGUGGAAUCCACUGUUAUAAUGGCGCGUAACGAAAGUUAUACAUCUGUAGUAAAGAAGAUGGCAGGUCAUUCAGUUUACAAAAUACGUCAUGUGUCUAGGAACGCGUUAUAUGGAGUUGUUGUAUACGGAUUUAGAAACAAAGCAUCUUAUGGAUACCCUGCCGGUUUUAGGUUUUAAUUUAAACACUUGCUUACUGUGUCUGUAUGUUAUAGGUAACGAAGGACGGUAUGGAUCACUAGUAUCAAGUACAAGACAAUUGUUUGUGGUUGUUGUCGCAAAUGUUCCCGCAAAAGACAAUUGUUUUUCUUAAACGAUAUAUACGGCAAAUAUAAGGAAAGUAUAUUGAUUUUUUUUUCAGUUAUCCGUCUGUAUUUUUAUUUAAUAAAACAUUGUAUUUCGACCAUAUCUGUUGAUAGAGAACUCCGUGUUCUAUUAUUAAUGGUGUAAGUAUGUCAAACAAUGGUUUCGCGGCUAUAUGCAGUUGACAAUAAAAUGGCGGGCGGUCAUUAUAAUAGACAUAAUGGACAUGUGCGCGCACAUUAUUUAGCGAUUUAUGAUCAUGACAAUGGGAAUAAAAUGUUGAGAUUUACCCUUAAAAUUAAACUAAUCAUGCAAAACAGGAUUGAAAUUUUGUAUAAUUACCAGACGCGUCUUUUGUCUACAAAAGUCUUACGAGUGAUGUUAAACAUAUACCAAAAAUACGUUUCUACAGAUUCACUAACAUGUUUAAUUCUAAAUAUACGAUAAGCCAAGGUAUAAGGCAAUCACACAUCUAUCUCCAAAAUCCAUUGAUCCAAAUUUUGAGUAUAAUGCUCCGAAAAACUCACCAAUCUUUGAAACAUUUCUUGAACAUCAACACCUCUUUUACUUUCAGUAACACAAUCUGAAAGCAUAUGAAAUUACGUUUUUAAGUCAAUCGUACUUUUUUUGUGGAUACUUUAUAUCGUAUUUAACCCUUACAAGUCCAUUUAACGAAGCGAUUUUCAAAUUUGGUUGUUGUAAAUACACAUGUUAAAUAAGGAAAGAACUAAGUUUUAUAUAUUCGCGACGAUUAAACUUUUCCACUCGCGAAAGUCGCGAAAAUAAGUCGCACGCAAAAUUAAUUGGAUUACAAUAAUUAUAAAACAGACUUCCUCAUUAUUUUACCCAGGUAUUAUAUACACUAAAUGAAUUGUACACACUGUAUUGGUUUCUGCGUUUAAGACAUAAUGACUAUCCUUGUAAAAGUUAUAUAUCUGUACAACUUAUUUUUUUAUGUUGCCAAAGUGAAAGACUUUUCUGAUGACUUGGAUUUCUUCAAGGAAAAGAGAAAACAAUACUAAAAAGACCAAUAAUUUUAUCGUUCGUCUUCCCGAAAAGAAACUUUUACUUUUUUCCAUGGGUACCUUUAACUAAAAAUCAUUACUACUAAAGCAUUCACUUAAACGUACACUAUGCUUCUACUUAAAAAGAUAACGUACAUAUUUUUUAUAUCAGAAUUAAAUGUAGAGCAAAUGAUUUGACAAAAUCUGU